UUGACACAUCACAGUUUUCUGUUUUUAUCAUCGUCAUCAUCAUCGCUUCCACCACAUCGUGUCAAGGCAAAGCCAUUGAGAAGAUGGCUGACCCUGACGAGGAAGAAGGGAGCUUGGAUCAGCUACCAGCAACGGUACUUGAAACCAUAGUAUCAAAACUCGACGUGGGAUCGAUCUGCUCCGUUUCUUCCACUUGCAAGACCUUCAACGCUUGUGCUUCUCACAUCCUCACUUUCGUCCCCAGUUUCGACCUCCUUGAUAUUGCACCGUCAAUUGAUUUAUUAAGGCCUUUGUUGCCUCCAAAUCCUUACCUUAAAAGCUUAAAGCUUGAUUGUGGUCGGCUUGAUGAUUCUGCAAUUAAUGUUGUGGUUCGGGAUUCCUUGCAUGAGCUUUAUUUACAAAAUUGCGCGGAUUUUAGUGGGAAAUUGCUCUCUGAGAUUGGAGGAAAGUGCGCGGAUUUGAGGUAUCUGUACUUGGGAUCGGUGGCGGAAAAAAGAGGACGUGCUAUUCAUAUAUCUGAUCUGGAGGAGCUACUUAGAGGCUGCACACGAUUGGAAGAACUGAUUUUGAUGUUUGAUGUCUCAUUAUUUCUUCGUCAUAAUUUUGCUCUAAUAUGGGCUUUGGUUUCAGAAAAACUGACUUCUCUUGAGAUUGGGUAUGUUUCUUCAGUGAUGGUGACUGAACUGGUUGGCCCAAGUUUGGGACCUCAUCAAUCACCAAAUCAUGUUCGACCAUCCAUUCUGCCUGGCAUUCAGAAAUUGUGCCUUUCUGUAGACUAUAUUACUGACACCAUGGUUAGCACAAUAUCAAAAGGUCUCAUGUCCUUAACACAUUUGGAUCUUCGAGAUGCUCCUCUCAUAGAACCAACAAUUACAUUUGAUCUCACCAACUCUGGUCUUCAGCAGAUUAAUCAGCAUGGAAAACUCAAACAUCUCUCGUUGGUUCGGAGCCAAGAAUUCACCAUUACAUAUUUUAGACGUGUUAAUGAUCUCGGAAUGCUAUUAAUGGCUGACAAGUGUGCAAACAUGGAAAGUAUUUGUCUUGGAGGCUUCUGUCGAGUUACAGAUACAGGAUUCAAAACAAUCUUGCAUUCAUGCUCUAGUCUGUACAAGCUCCAGGUGUCUUAUGGAAUCCAUUUGACUGAUCUGGUCUUUCAUGAUAUCCCUGCAACAUCCCUGUCUUUGAUACAUGUGAGCUUGAGAUGGUGCAACCUUUUAACCAACCAUGCAAUAAAAAACUUGGUAUUGAAUACACGCCUUAGAGUUCUUGACUUGAGAGACUGCAAACACUUUGGAGACGAAGCCCUAAGAGCUAUCAGCGCUCUUCUGGAAUUGAAGAUUUUACUGCUGGAUGGUUCCAAUAUAAGUGAUUUUGGAUUGUCUUACUUGAGAGGAAUUAUAAAUUCAUUAGUUUCUCUGUCUGUGAGAGGAUGCAAAAGACUAACAGAUAAAUGCAUCCCUGCUUUAUUUGAAGGCUCUUCUAAACUGAAGUUACAACAACUGGACCUAUCAAAUCUUCCUAACCUGUCUGAUAAUGGAGUUCUGGCACUUGCAAAAUGCCGGGUUCCAAUUUCUGAGCUUCGAAUGCGACAAUGUCCACUUAUUGGUGAUACUUCAGUUAUGGCAUUAGCUUCAAUGCGGGUUGAUGAGGACAGAUUGCAUGGUUGUAGUUUGCGGCUGUUGGACCUUUACAACUGUGGCGGUAUAACACAGCUUUCAUUCCGGUGGUUAAAGAAACCCUAUUUUCCAAGGUUGAGAUGUUUGGGGGUGACAGGAAGUGCGAGUAGGGAUAUUAUAGAUGCUUUAGCUAGGAAUAGACCAUUCUUGCAUGUGGCAUGCCAUGCUGAGGAGCUGGGGUCCAACCAGUGGGAUAACUUGCAUGGUUUAUACAUGCAUGACAAUGAUGAGGUGGAUGAACUUGAACAAUGGCUUCUCGAAGAAGAGGGUGACUAUAAUGAUGAGGAGAUGAUGGAUGCUGAUGAUGAUGAUGCAGAACUAUUGGAUCAUUUAGCCUUGUAAAAUGCUCCGUGUAUUAGCAUUUAUGUUGUAUAUAUAUUUCUCGAUUGGUUUUACCAGUUGCAGAUACAUGUAAAGAGACAGUCCACUGAUCUUGUGAGUGGCCUCAGAAUCUCUAAUUUUAAAACAGAAUUUACUGUAUCUGUGUGUAAUAAAAAGUGCGUUGUAAAUGGAUUGCCAAUUGCUUGCU